AUGAGGAAGUUUGUGGAGGGUCCGGUGGAUCGGCUGCAGUGUGAAAUCCACAGGUAUAGCAAAGGGAUUAGCCGUGUGCGCUGGCCCAGCCUGGGAGGAAAAGAGCACAUCUGGUUCACCUGCACACUGUGGCACACUGCAGGUUUCUUCACCAUCACGUCCUUCCUUAGAGUCACCCCAGCCACGACCAUGUUUGCCCACCAGACCAAAAUAUUUAUUUUGUAUUGUGGGCUUACGUAAAAAUAUCAGCACACAUACUGUAAUGUAACAUGUACUCAUACGCUGUACUCAUGUGUCCAUUGGUACACAGAAUUCUGGCCCAGUUUUUCCUGGUCAGGUUGUGGUCAGGAACAACUUCUGGCCCUACACAUACUAUGGGUGUCUCGUUUGAUACAGUUAUGUACGUAUGCCAGUGGUCCAACCUAAGAUCUGUCUGUGUACCUCUUUCCCCCCCCAUUUGUCCCCUCUCCUCCAUUGCCCUUACCUUCCCAACACUCUCCCUGUGGCCUGUCUAUGUGUAGCUGGGAUGGUGGUGACCCGCUCUCCCUCUGUGCGGGUGGGCCUGUAGAAGGAGCCGACCCUGCACUGUCAGUUUGCCGUGGACAACAAGGCCCCUCACCUCACAGUGGAGUGGCAUCUACAGCGGCACGGCGGGUACCGAACCAAUCUGUUUCAGCUACUCCAGCAGCUCAGGGCAGACAGAGGGCAGCGGGGUAGCAGUAAAGGGCAUUGCCAGGGGUGACGCCUCCCUGACUGUGCCCCUUACCAAUGUGAGCAGUGAGGGGACGUUUCAUGUGUUCUAUCCGCGUACCCCCACUCAAUGGGAGCCUGGACAUCGCACUGCAUGUCAUGGUGAGACCUCUGGGGGUGUGAGGGAGGUAGCUUACUGUGUUGGGGUCAAUUCCAUUUUCAAUUCAGUCAAAUCAGGAAGUGAAUUUAAAUAAUUAAAAUUCAGUUCAUGACUUGAAAAGAUUUCUCAAUAAUAAAUAGAGUUGUACAAAAUAGUACUUUAUUUGCGGAAGUAUACUUUAAAAAAAUGUUUUAUCCCCAAUUGGUAGUUACAGUCUUGUCCCAUCGCUGCAACUCCCGUACGGACUCGGGAGAGCUGAAGGUCGAGAGCCGAAACACGACCCUGCCAAGCCACACUGCUUCUUGACACACUGCUCGCUUAACCCGGAAGCCAGACGCACCUGUAGCGACUCCUGGCCCGCCACAGGAGUUGCUACGGCGCGAUGGGACAAGGACAUCCCGGCCGGCCAAACCUUCCCCUAACCAGGACAACGCUGGGCCAAUUGUGCGCCACCUCAUGGGUGUCCCGGUCGCCUGCGACACAGCCCGGUAUCGAACCCGGGCCCGUAGUGACGCCUCAAGCACUGCGAUGUAGUGCCUUAGACCGCUGCGCCACUCGGGAGGCUCCCUAGGAAGUAUACUUAAAGGUUCACAACUUCACAUAAUCACACAACAGACACUAUUAAAUGAUACAUCACUAACCUCUCCAAAAUAUUGCCCGUCUUUCAUAUUUCACCCUCAAAUCCUCCCCGUGUAUUCUUGACCACAGAUCAGGAGUUGAACCCCAGGGUGGUGUGUGUGGCUGAGCGGUUUUACCCCUGGGACAUGGAGAUUGACCUAUUCAAGGAGAUCAGUAGUGGUCAAUGGCCUGAGAAGCUGGAGAAUGCCACUUACUACAGUCGCCACAAAAACAACGACAGUACCUACUCUCUGUCUGCCUUUGUCGGGCUGCAGCCCUCGCCUGAGGAGUCA